CCACUUGAGCCACAGGUGCGGAGAAGGGGAGUCUUAAUGGAGUAGUUGACAGUCCUUAACACGAAGUUAGGGUGAUAAAGCUCCCAAUUUGGAAUAGUUGAUUUGCUGCAGGGCUCACUAUGGUGGUCAAAUGUUUUCUUUACCCUUUUUUCUGGAAAUCAAUUUCUUUAAAUAUGGUAUGUUUAUUGGCCUAGGUUCCCACUCUAGGACGCCGUCAGCAGAGCACCCUUUCCACUGUGACUCCAGCCCCGUGCCCUGUGGGGCUGGCUUCAGUGCCAUGGCGACAGAGGAGAAGAAGCCAGAGACCGAGGCUGUCAGAGCACAGCCAGCGCCUUCCUCAUCAGCCACUCAAAGCAAGCCCACACCUGUUAAACCAAACUACGCUCUAAAAUUCACCCUUGCUGGCCACACCAAAGCAGUAUCCUCCGUGAAAUUCAGCCCAAAUGGAGAGUGGCUGGCAAGUUCAUCUGCUGAUAAACUCAUUAAAAUUUGGGGAGCAUAUGAUGGAAAAUUUGAGAAAACCAUAUCUGGUCACAAACUGGGAAUAUCUGACGUAGCCUGGUCAUCAGAUUCCAACCUCCUUGUUUCUGCCUCAGAUGAUAAAACCUUGAAGAUAUGGGAUGUGAGCUCGGGAAAGUGUCUGAAAACUCUGAAGGGGCACAGUAAUUAUGUCUUUUGCUGUAACUUCAACCCCCAGUCCAACCUCAUCGUCUCAGGCUCAUUUGAUGAGAGCGUGAGGAUAUGGGACGUGAAGACAGGGAAGUGCCUCAAGACUUUGCCAGCCCACUCGGAUCCAGUCUCAGCCGUUCAUUUUAAUCGUGAUGGAUCCUUGAUAGUUUCAAGUAGCUACGAUGGUCUCUGUCGCAUCUGGGACACCGCCUCGGGCCAGUGCCUGAAGACACUCAUCGACGAUGACAACCCCCCAGUGUCAUUUGUGAAGUUUUCUCCGAACGGAAAAUACAUCUUGGCUGCCACGCUGGACAACACCCUGAAGCUCUGGGACUACAGCAAGGGGAAGUGCCUGAAGACAUACACUGGCCACAAGAAUGAGAAAUACUGCAUAUUUGCCAAUUUCUCCGUCACUGGCGGGAAGUGGAUUGUAUCCGGUUCGGAGGACAACCUGGUUUACAUUUGGAACCUUCAGACAAAAGAGAUUGUACAGAAAUUACAAGGCCAUACAGAUGUUGUGAUCUCAACAGCUUGUCACCCGACAGAGAACAUCAUCGCCUCAGCUGCACUAGAAAAUGACAAAACAAUUAAGCUGUGGAAGAGUGACUGCUAAGCCCUUGGCUACCCCGAGAGACUGUCGGGACUUGAUCUGGAUUGGCAAGAACAGUGGGUGUCGAGGAUGUGGCCCUGGUCUGGGCCCGGGGACCUGGGCAGGGGCUGACUUGAGCCUUCUCCUCUUUGAAGACAAUUUGGCUGAGGGGGAGUGGACCACUGGAAAGUCCUAAUUUCCUGGUGACAUUUCUUGCCAAUUCGUCUAACACUGUCUAGGGAAGUAUUCCUAGUCUGUAUUGUGUUCAGAGUCAACAAAAAUUUUUAAUUUUUUAUUACAAAAGGGUGAAGUUCAAUUUAUCAUGAGUUGUGUUUUUCCAGUAAAUGUUCUGUAUCUCUUUUGAUAUUCUGCCCCAUCUUCACCACCAUGGCUCUGGCCUGCUGGUCUCUCCCGCCUCAUCCUCUGUGGUCCUGGUCCCCUGUCUGUCACAUAGGUGCUCUAAAACAUGGCUCCAGCUGUUCACGAUUCCUGCCUGUCAUAGUACCCAGCGUAUUUUCAAGUCUUUUCUGGAAACGUAGCAUUGUGAGGUUAUUUCCAUGUAAAGCACCUUUGUGUCCUGGGUUCACAGUUCAUGCGCUGAUAGCAUGGAGAUCGUGGUUUCCGUCCCACUGAUGUUCAGACCACAAGCAGCAGCACAGACCGUAAUAAAAGGAGGGAGUUGUAAAUGGUUGUGGCAACUGCGUCCUCAUGUGAAGCUUGUCUCCACUUGGCUUUUGUAGAGAAAGCCUCACAACUGGCAAAAGGCUGGAAGGAUUUCUCUGGGAGGGCAAGUGUUCCUGGCUCUGAAGACGGCCUUUCCUCUGCGGGGUCACUGUGUGCUAAAUGGUGGGAGGAGCAAGGGCUGUUGAGCCCUGGUCUCCCGGGUGGGUCCCUGUGUCAGGUAGGACUGAGUGGCCCCUGGAACGGGCCCUUUGGGGUCAGAUGUUCUUCAUGAGCCUCACAGCCCCCGCCCCGUCCUUGCUCCUGCAUGUCGUGGCUUCUUGGUGCUCAGGUCUGGGGGAGGCAGUGGCGGUGCUCAGCUGCAGAGCAGCUCAAACCCGAGUCUGCUCACAGAGACCUUUGUAGUGGAGGCCUGCUGUGCACAGCCUCCGGGCUGCAGGAGGGUGGCUCUGUCCUGUGAGUACCUGUGGAGUCUAUGGUCUGGGGUGUGGACAAACCUGUUGGGCCUUCGGUGGGGUGGGCUCAGGAGAGCCCGGGGGGCCUUAUGUGUGGGUGCAGGGCUUGGCCCUUGGCCAGGUCUCCUGGGGGUCCUCUAGUGGUACAGGGUGGGGAACCUGCCAUCGAAGGCAUCUGGAAAUGAGCUGCAGGCAGGCAGUUUCCUCAGCCCGGCUUUUGGUAGAUGCAUAAAUGAGUCACCUGGCCCAAGAAGUAAAUUGCUGCAGCAGAAUGGGUGGUUUUUUGUCCUUAGCACUCAAGGCCUGAGCCCCUUGUCUCAGUGUCCGAUCCCCCUGCUUUGGGACUUGCUAAGGGCCUUGAGGUUCUUCCAGCUCUGGUGUCAUUGCUCACUCCUGGGAGGGGAUGGGUGAGCUGUGCAGAGCGCUGGAUCCCUGAAUAUAGUUUAUUUUUUCUACAUUUGAAUUCUCUGUUGUAGAUUUAUGUAAAAAUACAUUCUCUUUUUGAAAAUAAAGAUUUUCAUGUCUUCUAA